AUGGCACCAACUCUAGCUAAUCCGAUAACCAGUUUAUCUUCAUGGGAUGAAGUAUUUAACUUCGUGGUGACCGAAGCUAACGGAGUUAAGGGUCUUUCCGACUUGGGUCUCACCGGUGUUCCUAACCAGUACGUCCAGCCCGUUGAUCAAAGAAUUCAUACCAACCAGCAAUCGACCUCUACUACCAAAUCAGUCCUUCAAAGUCAAGAUCUUGAUCAACAAACUCUUCAUUCGAUUCCAAUCAUCGAUCUGAAGAAUUGGGAGUGGUUAACUAAUGAUGAUGAUAUUCUCGACAAUGACCAUCCAAUCGGUAAGUCAAUAUGUGAUGCAGCUGAGAAAUGGGGAUUCUUCCAAAUCAUUAACCACGGAGUCCCUCUCGAGGUUCUCGACAAUGUUAUCGAAGCUGCUCACCGCUUUUUUGCCUUACCGGCGAGUGAAAGGCGUAAAUAUGUCAAGGAAAACUUGCCACAAGAUGCAUCUAUUGAAUUACUCACUAGCUUUAGUCCACAAAAAGAGAAGGUUUUGGAAUGGAAGGACUUUCUCAUGCAUGCUUUUUACGACGACGAUUUUGAACAAAAAUGCUCGAGCUUUUGGCCCUCGGUCUCUAGGGAGCAAACAUUGGAAUACUUCAAAUGUGUGAAGCCCUUGAUCAAACGACUAUUAACCGUUCUUCUAAAAGGAGUUGGAUUGAAAGAAAUGGACGACAAAAGAGAACAUCAACUUAUGGGCCUUCUAAUGGCUAACUUCAAUUAUUACCCGAUUUGUCCAACUCCUGAAGUGACGGCCGGAACUGGCCGUCACUCCGACAUCUCCUCAAUUACUGUCCUUCACCAGGACAGUACCGGUGGACUCUAUGUGAAAGCUCCUGAUUGGAUAACCGAAGAAAAAGUUGAGAGUUGGAUUCAUGUUACUCCGAUAAGGGAAGCAUUAGUUAUUAAUAUAGGAGACGUGUUACAAAUAGUGAGCAAUGAUCGAUACAAGAGUAUUGAGCAUCGUGUGAUUCCUAGCUCCGCUAAAAAUAGGGUAUCGGUUCCAAUUUUUGCUGACCCGCCUAAGGAUGCAACCAUCGGUCCUCUACCUGAAAUCUUGGAGAGAGGUGACAAGGCUAUUUAUAAAGAUAUUUUGUACUCGGACUAUUUCAAGUACUUCUUUGGAAAACCGCAUGAUGGCAAAGGAACUAUCGAGUGUGCUAGGGUUUAAUUUUAUCGUUACGUAAGUUGGAUGCAUAAGUUGGAUGCAUAAGUUUAAUUUUAUCGAGAUGUAAGUUCGAUGCAUGUAUGUUUGAAGUUGAUUGUUUUAAGUUUCUUUAUCUUUGUUAGCAUUUGAAUAAUGUAUUCCAAAAAAUAUUAAUAAUGGCAUGAAUAAAUUUAAGUUAUUUA